CAGAAACUGUUCGUAGGGACGUACCCUUUGAAAUGGAGCAAAGCAAUGAUUGGGUCCAGAUGGUGAUAGAGGUAACCAAAGAUGCACAAGAACAGGGUAGUGACCCUCAUGUCUGGGCAAUGCAGCUGUCCAAGUUCUUGAACUCGGAAGGAGUGUCACUGCCAUCCAUAGAAGUGGCAGAGGCUUUGGUUUCCUACAUUUGUUGGGACAACAACGUUCCCAUCUUGUGGAAGUUCCUAGACAAGGCCUUGGUGCUAAACAUUGUGCCCCCUCUGCUCGUUCUUGCUUUGUUUUCUACAAGGGUUAUUCCAAGUCGGCGUCACCAGCCGGCAGCAUAUAGGCUUUUCAUGGAGCUCCUUAAGAGACAUGCCUUUACUCUUAAAUCUCAAAUAAAGGGCAUGAAUUAUCAAAGGGUUAUGCAAUCGAUAGAUACUAUUCUUCAGCUCUCCCAGAUAUUUGGUCUGAAAACUAGUGAAGCUGGGACUAUUGUGGUUGAGCUCAUCUUUUCACUUGUGUGGCAGUUACUUGAUGCAUCAUUAGAUGAUGAAGGGUUACUAGAACUUACCUCAGAAAAGAGGUCUAGAUGGGCAACUAAUCCUCAAGACAUGGAAAUAGAUGGUCAUGAUAAAUAUGAUGAGAAGCAGAGUGAAUGUCAUGAAAGAAUGCAGAAAUUUAAUACAUUGAUGGCUAUUGAGCUUAUUGGGCAAUUUAUGCAGAAUAAAGUAACUUCCAGGAUUCUUAACUUAGCACGCCAGAACAUGUCCUCACAUUGGAAAGGAUUUACCCAGCGCUUACAGCUGCUUCAAGCAAACUCAUCAGCUUUGAAAAAUGCAGAAAUAACUCCUGAGGCACUUCUGCAGUUGGCUUCAAAUUCUCACAUUGUCUCUCAAGAAAUCAGAUUAAAGUCUAGGCUAAAUUCCAAUGACAUUGUGGUUAUUGGUGCUCUGUCUUCUUCUACCAGUCUGUGCAAUGGGGCUAGUCAUUCUGAUCAUUGGCUCCCACUUGAUCUGAUUUUAGAAGAUGCUAUGGAUACAAAAGAGGUCAAUGUCAUAGGCGCCAUUGAAACCAUCACAGGUUUGAUUAAGGUCCUCAAAGCCAUAAAUUGCACCUCCUGGCACAACACCUUCUUGAACCUGUGGAUUGCGACUCUUCGUCUUGCACAAAGGGGUCGGGAUUCCAUUUACACUCCUAGGUUUCGUCUAGAUAAUCGGUUUUGCACCUUACUGUGCAUCAUAACUCUAGUGGUUGCUGAUUUUAUUGACGAAGAGGAAAGUGCACCACUUGAUGAAACAGAAUAUGGCUCGACAAGUAGUUGGAAAGAAAAAAGUGUUCCAGGAAAGUGUCGCAACGAGUUGGCCUCCAGCUUACAGAUGCUAGGUGAUUAUAAGGGGUUGCUGAUUCCACUUAAAUCCACUGUUUCUGCAGCAAAUCAAGCUGCUGCAAAGGCAGUGUUCUAUAUUUCAGGCGUCGAUAUUGAAAAUACAAACUUAGAAUGCAUCAGUAUGAAUCAUAUGCCAGCUAAUUGUGCUGGAAACAUGCGGCAUCUAAUAGUUGAAGCUUGCAUAGCUAGAAAUCUACUGGACACAUCAGCAUAUUUCUGGCCAGGCUAUGUGAAUGGAAAGAUCGAUCAAAUACCGGUUAGUUUGCCAGGACAAGUGCCUGGUUGGCCAUCAUUAAUGCAGGGGGAAUCGCUUACUCCAGUAAUGAUAGAUGCUUUGGUAUCCACUCCUGCUUCAAGUUUAGCAGAGCUCGAGAAAAUAUUUGAGAUUGCUGUCAAUGGUUCAAAUGAAGAGAAGAUAUCAGUGGCAAAAAUUCUUUGUGGGGCCUCCCUAAUCCAUGGUUGGAAAGUACAGGAACACACUGCUGAUUUCAUUAUAAGAUUAUUGUCUCUUCCAGCUCCUGCAGAUUACUCAGGGAGGGAGAGCCAUUUGAUAGGUUAUGCUCACAUGCUGGAUAUACUUGUUCUUGGAAUAACAUCCCUUGAAUGUCUUCAGCUUUUCUCACUACAUGGCUUGGUUCCACACCUUGCGUGUUCAUUGAUGUCAAUCUGUGAGGUUUUUGGGUCAUGUGUGUCCAAUGAGUUGUGCACUGCUGCAACAGGGGAAAAAAUCUCUGCCUACUCUGUGUUUUCAGAUGCAUUUACUCUUCUUUUAAGGCUAUGGAGGUUCUAUCAUCCUCCGAUUAAACUGCGAACAGGAAUUGUAAUCCAAAUUGAAUUCUUCCAAACUCCAGAAUACCUAUUACUUUUACGUAAUUUUUACCUGCUAUCUCAUGGACGGAACCACCAAAGUCGAAAUAAAAGGAGACACAAAGCUGUUGCAAGGUCAUUAAGUCCACACCCCAUAUUAAUUUGCACAUUUCCAAAAAUGAGAGAUUGGUAUCAGCAGCAUAGUGCAAGCGUACAUUCAACCCUCUCUGGACUAGUUGUAGAGGCUCAUGUUCAUCAGAUUGUUGAUGCGCUUCUUGGAAUGAUGUUCAGAGGAAGUCAGUCUCUGCAUUCUGUUAGUUCUGGAAGUAGUGUCCGUGGACCCAAGGAUGAAGACACCUUUCUAAGACUAAAUUUGCCUGCAUGGAAUAUACUGGAAGCGGUUCCUUUUGCGGUUGAAGCUGCUUUAAAAGCCUGUGCUAAUGGAAGACUCUCUCCCCGUGAACUAUCUACAGGGCUUAAAAUGUUAUGUAAUUUUCUUCCUGCGUCUUUGUCUUCCAUUGUAAGCUACUUCUCAUCCGAAGUAUGCCGGGGUGUUUGGCAACCAGUUUCUAUGAAUGGAACGGAUUGGCCCAGCCCUGAUGCAAACUUAUCUGAUGUCGAGGAACAGAUAAAGAAAGUUGUAGCUGCCACUGGUGUUGAUGUCCCAAGCACUGCCUCAGCUGGAAGCUCUGCUCCUACACUUCCACUGCCCCUGGCCGCUUUUGUAAGCCUAACGUUAACCUUUAGAGCUGUGGAAAGUCCACUCUAUUUGGCUAUCCCAGCCUUGGAAUUUAUUGCUGCAGGAUCCCCAUGGCCUUGUAUGCCAAUUGUGGCUUCCCUGUGGUGCCAAAAGGUGAAACGUAUGUUUGACUACUUUGUAUUUAGUGCAUCUCGCACAGUCUUUCUCCAAAACCAUAGUGCUGUGGUAAAACUUCUUCAAAGCUGCUUCACUGCCACACUUGGCAUAAAUUCCUCUCCUAUCUCAAGCAAUGGUGGUGUCGCUGUCCUUCUUGGUAAUGGACUUAAAUUCCCUUUCAACGAUUGGUCUCCUGUUGCCCCCGGGAUUCUCUUUCUACAUGCCAUUCGAUCCUUAAAAGGAACUAUUCUAAUUGCAGAAGAUAUUCUCUCUCUGUUGAUGCAUUCUGUGAGAGAAAUAGCAUGCAGUGGACUUCAUAGAGAGACACUGGAGAAGAUGAAGAGCACCAAAAAUAUAGUAAGAUCUGGAAACGUUUCGUUUGCUGCAGCAUUGGCACGGGUGAAACUAAUGGCUUCUCUCGGGGCUUCUUUAGUAUAUAUAUGUGGAGGAUUCAGUUUGGUUCAGCCAUUGUUUAAAGAAACUUUGACUUCCUGGCUUAUAUCUCCUCACAGUUCAGAGUUGGAAGGAAGGUCAGAAGGGAUGGUUGAAGUACUAAUGGGAUAUGCACUUGCAUACUUUGCAUUUCUAUGUGGAGCUUUUGGUUGGGGUGUUGACUCAGCAUCACAUGCAUCAAACUGGCGCCAUGAUAUCCUCAAAUGCCAUAUGAAAUUCUUAGCGAAUGCGCUUGAUGGGAAGAUAUCACUUGGAUGUCAUCGGGCAACUUGGCAUGUGUAUGUUUCAGAGUUUUUGAGCUUGAUGACGGAUUGCGCACCAACUUGGGUGCUAAACACAGAUGUAAAUGCGUUGAAGAGUAUAAGUAGAGGUUUGAAGCAAUGGAACAAUGAAAAGCUUGCUCUUGCGUUGCUUGUUAUUAGUGGGGCUGGUAAUAUGGGUGCAGUUGCGGAAUUCAUUAUAGAAAAUGCCUUGUAG